AAGAAGAAGAAGGAAGCUGAACUCCGUCACAGCACUUGGUUUAUUUUGCUCCAGUGUUGUGUGGUUAGCUACAUCAAAUAGCCAUUCCGUCUCUUGUCUAGUUUCGUCAAAUUCCACCCACGGUUUUUUUUGUUGGGGGGGGUGGGGGGUGGGGAUUGUCUUAACGGAGUAGAGGUAAGGUGUAUUCGAGAUACAAUAAUUGCACAAUUCGUUGUUGAACCGAGACACUAUCUGUGAAACAAGGGGCCUGCACAGGCACCCGUUGGCGAUAACAGCCACAAUGAGCUCGGAGCAGCAGAGCGACAGCGUGGACCCGGACGAGUCGCAGGACACGUCCAGCAGCCGGGUGUCGGACAAGGAACAGGACCCGCAGACAGAUGAUUCCGCCGAUGAAGGCAAGACACCGGCGCGUCCUCCGCAGAGCAGCCGAGAGGAGAGUAGUCUUCACCCGAGAAGCUCCAGGGCGGAUUCUGCAGCCGCGCAGGACAAUCCCCGGUGUCAGCCGAAUGUACAAGGCGCCUCGGGGCAAGGGAGGGGUACCUCUAUGGCUGGCCCUGGUUCGGUUGAGACUAGCUCCAACAGCCUGUUCUCCAUGCUACAGAGCAGGACUAUAAGGAGAGGGCUGUUCGUGGAUCCAUCUAGAGAUAACUUUAGGACAAUGACGAACUUGUAUUCUUCCAUGAGUCCGGCUGCAGACUCGGUCAAUCUCAGUACCCAAACUCAUGGCGCAGUGUUCAAUUUGGAAUACUCCCCCGACGGGUCUGUCCUGACAGUGGCCUGUGAACAGACGGAGGUUCUCCUGUUCGAUCCCAUCUCUUCCAAGCACAUCAAGACCCUGGUGGAGGCUCAUGAAGACUGUGUCAAUAACAUCAGGUUUCUGGACGACCGUUUGUUUGCCACAUGUUCUGAUGACACCACCAUAGCUCUGUGGGACCUGAGGAAGCUCAACUCUAAAGUGUGCUCUCUGCACGGUCACGCCAGCUGGGUCAAGAACAUAGAGUACGACACCAACACACGACUCCUCGUCACCUCUGGCUUUGACGGAAACGUCAUCACCUGGGACACCAACAGGUUUACAGAGGAUGGCUGCCCCCACAAGAAGUUUUUCCACACGCGCUACCUGAUGAGAAUGCGUCUGACUCCAGACUGUUCCAAGAUGUUGAUCUCCACGUCAUCUGGCUACCUGCUGAUCCUUCACGACCUGGACCUCACACAGUCUCUGGAGGUGGGCAGCUACCGUAUGCUGCGGGCCAGACGCACCCCCCUCAGCUCAGAUGGCUCAGCGUCUGCGUCGAGGUCAAGUGGAUCUCCUCGACAGGGUAACGACUCCAGCAAGAUCCACCCUCACAGAGAAGGUCUCUCCCCCAGGAAUAGUUUGGAGGUGUUGACUCCAGAGAUCCCAGGAGAGAGGGACAGGGGGAACUGCAUCACCUCUCUCCAGCUUCACCCUAAAGGCUGGGCUGCCCUCAUACGUUGCUCCUCCAACAUGGAUGACCAGGAGGUGAGUCACCUGACCCCCCAAAACCCCCAGGAGUGGACAUGUGUGUAUGAGUUCCAGGAUGGCUCCCCCACACGUCCCCCCGUCUCACCGCGCUGCUCUCUACGUCUGACCCACUACAUCGAGGAGGCUAACGUGGGGAGGGGCUACAUCAAGGAGUUGUGCUUCAGUCCUGACGGGCGGCUCAUCUGCUCCCCCUAUGGCAGGUACGGAGUACGACUGCUGUCCUUCGACGAGAACUGUAUGGAGCUGUCUGACUGCCUUCCCGUCCAGACCAGCUGUCUCCGAGAGGUGCGGUCCAUCUACUCCCACAGUGAUGUGGUCCUCACCACCAAGUUCUCCCCAACCCACUGCCAGCUGGCGUCAGGCUGUCUCAGUGGCCGCGUCGCCUUAUACCAGCCCAGGUUCUAACAGCGGGGCUGUCCCGAAUGGCCCCCCCUAUUCCCUAUGGGCUCUGGUCAAAAGUAGUGCACUAUUUUAGGGAAUAGGGUGCCAUUUUUUGGGGGGGACACUCUGGUAAUCAAGUAGACCUUUAUUCAUUAGGCGCCAAACGGAAGAAACAGGAAACGAAGGGACUACCUUGAACUUGGUUUUGCUACCGUUAUACCCCGAUACAAUGGGCACCAACCUUUUCUGAGUCAAGAACACUUUGGCAAAAGCCGAGCUCAACCGACCACAAUGUUUAUUUUAAAAAAUGUAACAUUAACCUAAUAAAAAGUUACAUUUUCACAGCA